GUUUCAUUCUACUUUCUUUAUUUCUUUUACGGCGCGCUGUCAGCGUUAAUAGGCGGUUGCCUUUUUAAUCCAAAGUAAUCUGCUUGGAUUUUUGUGUUUUUACUAAACAUUUAAUUAAUUAAUAUUCCAUAAUGCCGCCUAAAUUCGAUCCGAAUGAAAUUAAAAUCGUUAAUUUGAGAUGCAUUGGUGGAGAAGUUGGAGCUACAUCAUCCUUGGCUCCUAAAAUCGGUCCACUUGGUCUGUCUCCCAAAAAGGUUGGUGAUGAUAUAGCAAAAGCAACUGGAGACUGGAAAGGUUUGAAGAUCACAGUUCAACUUGUGGUACAAAACAGACAAGCACAAAUCUCUGUGGUACCUUCUGCGGCUGCCCUGAUCAUCAGAGCCUUAAAGGAACCACCCCGUGACCGCAAGAAGCAAAAGAACAUCAAACACAGUGGGAACAUUACACUAGAUGAUGUGAUUGGUAUUGCCAAAGUGAUGAGGCCGAGGUCCAUGGCUAGAUAUCUUUCGGGCUCAGUAAAGGAGAUCCUUGGAACAGCACAGUCAGUUGGCUGCACAGUUGACGGAAGACCUCCUCAUGAUCUUAUUGAUGAUAUCAACAGUGGUGCUUUAACUAUUGAUGAAUAAAUAUAUACUAUAGAAUUCUA